AUGGCGAAAAGCAUCCGCUCAAGUACCAAAAAAAGGAACCACGCCAAAUUGCGAAGCACAGUCUUUGGUCCUGUCGUCGAUGCACGAACAGAGAGACUUUCCGCCAAACUACAAGAGCUCGCAGCACAACCCUUGAAGAUUGAGCCCACCAAAGACGCUGCUGAGGAGAGCACUAAGGUAGAACCGGAAGCGGAAGAUGAGAGCGACAAAAUGGCCAUUGACGAGUCGGCAAUCACACAGUCCAGCUCUACGAAACAACGAUCGAACCGUGUCAGAAAGCAACCCAAAAGGAAGCCCCGCAAUACAAUGGUUUUCCCUAAACCACAUCAAGGCAAACAACGAAAGAGCCAAAAGAAGAAUUAG